AUGGUGAGUCUGACUAGAGUAAUGAGUAAUGGUGAGUCUGACUUCAAUAAUGAUGAGUCUGACUACAGUAAUGAUGAGUCUGACUAUAGUAAUGGUGAGUCUGACUACAGUAAUGGUGAGUCUGACUACAGUAAUGAUGAGUCUGACUUCAAUAAUGAUGAGUCUGACUACAGUAAUGAUGAGUCUGACUACAGUAAUGAUGAGUCUGACUAUAGUAAUGGUGAGUCUGACUAUAGUAAUGAUGAGUCUGACUACAGUAAUGAUGAGUCUGACUAUAGUAAUGGUGAGUCUGACUAUAGUAAUGAUGAGUCUGACUACAGUAAUGAUGAGUCUGACUAUAGUAAUGGUGAGUCUGACUACAGUAAUGAUGAGUCUGACUACAGUAAUGAUGAGUCUGACUAUAGUAAUGGUGAGUCUGACUAUAGUAAUGGUGAGUCUGACUUCAAUAAUGAUGAGUCUGACUACAGUAAUGAUGAGUCUGACUAUAGUAAUGGUGAGUCUGACUACAGUAAUGGUGAGUCUGACUACAGUAAUGAUGAGUCUGACUUCAAUAAUGAUGAGUCUGACUACAGUAAUGAUGAGUCUGACUACAGUAAUGAUGAGUCUGACUAUAGUAAUGGUGAGUCUGACUAUAGUAAUGAUGAGUCUGACUACAGUAAUGAUGAGUCUGACUACAGUAAUGAUGAGUCUGACUAUAGUAAUGGUGAGUCUGACUAUAGUAAUGAUGAGUCUGACUACAGUAAUGAUGAGUCUGACUUCAAUAAUGAUGAGUCUGACUACAGUAAUGAUGAGUCUGACUACAGUAAUGAUGAGUCUGACUACAGUAAUGAUGAGUCUGACUACAGUAAUGGUGAGUCUGACUUCAAUAAUGAUGAGUCUGACUACAGUAAUGAUGAGUCUGACUAUAGUAAUGGUGAGUCUGACUUCAAUAAUGAUGAGUCUGACUACAGUAAUGAUGAGUCUGACUAUAGUAAUGGUGAGUCUGACUACAGUAAUGAUGAGUCUGACUACAGUAAUGAUGAGUCUGACUACAGUAAUGGUGAGUCUGACUACAGUAAUGAUGAGUCUGACUUCAAUAAUGAUGAGUCUGACUACAGUAAUGAUGAGUCUGACUAUAGUAAUGGUGAGUCUGACUUCAAUAAUGAUGAGUCUGACUACAGUAAUGAUGAGUCUGACUAUAGUAAUGGUGAGUCUGACUAUAGUAAUGAUGAGUCUGACUACAGUAAUGAUGAGUCUGACUUCAAUAAUGAUGAGUCUGAAAACAGAAAUGAUGAGUCUGAAAACAGUAAUGAUGAGUCUGACUACAGUAAUGAUGAGUCUGACUACAGUAAUGGUGAGUCUGACUUCAAUAAUGAUGAGUCUGACUAUAGUAAUGGUGAGUCUGACUAUAGUAAUGAUGAGUCUGACUACAGUAAUGAUGAGUCUGACUUCAAUAAUGAUGAGUCUGACUACAGUAAUGAUGAGUCUGACUAUAGUAAUGGUGAGUCUGACUAUAGUAAUGAUGAGUCUGACUACAGUAAUGAUGAGUCUGACUUCAAUAAUGAUGAGUCUGAAAACAGAAAUGAUGAGUCUGAAAACAGUAAUGAUGAGUCUGACUACAGUAAUGAUGAGUCUGAAAACAGUAAUGGUGAGUCUGACUACUGUGAUGGUGAGUCUGACUGCAGUAAUGAUGAGUCUGACUACAGUAAUGAUGAGUCUGACUUCAAUAAUGAUGAGUCUGACUACAGUAAUGAUGAGUCUGACUAUAGUAAUGGUGAGUCUGACUACAGUAAUGAUGAGUCUGACUACAGUAAUGAUGAGUCUGACUUCAAUAAUGAUGAGUCUGACUACAGUAAUGAUGAGUCUGACUAUAGUAAUGGUGAGUCUGACUAUAGUAAUGAUGAGUCUGACUACAGUAAUGAUGAGUCUGACUUCAAUAAUGAUGAGUCUGAAAACAGAAAUGAUGAGUCUGAAAACAGUAAUGAUGAGUCUGACUACAGUAAUGAUGAGUCUGAAAACAGUAAUGGUGAGUCUGACUACUGUGAUGGUGAGUCUGACUGCAGUAAUGAUGAGUCUGACUACUGUGAUGGUGAGUCUGACUACAGUAAUGAUGAGUCUGACUACUGUGAUGGUGAGUCUGACUAA